CGCCAUCUCCUUAUACGCCCUUCCCAUUACACGACCUCUGUAUAUACGUCUUUAAGGGCUCCGGAAUCGCGAGCUACAUAUAAAAUCUUGAAUCAAGUGAAUAUAAUUAAUAGGUACCUGUUAUCCAAGUAGCUAUUUAGGUUUCUGAUGAACGCAACCUUUCUUACUCAAUAUCGACAACACAAGAGGUUUAUUACACUACGCCAACUUGGAAGAUUGAAUUUCAACUGGCAACACUAAUAUGUCUAAUAGCGAGCUUCAAUUUCGCAUCGCAACCCCAGACGAUGCGGCGCAGAUUCAGCAAUUGGUACAGUCUGCAUUUCGCGCUGAGGACAUUAGAGAAAAUUGGACAGGGGAUAUGACUCUUGCGUCGCAGUUCAGCAUCAAAGUCGAGGAGAUCAUGAGCAACAUCACUAAGCCGGACAGCGCAUACCUCAUGGCUACUGACGAAAAUGGCGCCCUAAAGGGCUCUGUGGGGGUUUCUAAACGCGACGCCGACCUUGCUCGCAUCUACAUGCUUGCGGUUGACCAGCACCACCACCGGGGAGGCAUUGGACGCAAGGUCCUGGCUUAUGCCGAGGACUACUGUCAACGGAGAUGGAGCGUCAACAAACUAGGACUUAACGCCCUUUCUUCCCGCCACGAGCUGAUCCUGUGGUACAUACGCUGCGGCUAUCGGAAGACGGGGGAGUUGACGCAGUUUCCGCGUCAGUGGUUCGUGGGCUUGAAUUUGCCGGACAACUUGUGUUUUGUCGAACUGGAAAAGGAUUUAGAUGCGGGUUCUGCCGCAGUUGAGACAGCAUAGGCUACUAUUUUUACGAAACUCUAUGUUUACACUUCAGGAAUAGGGGCUCAGUAUGCGUUUAGGGGGUUUGCCAGCUCCCACCGGAUGGCCGAAAGAUCUAUUGAUACGUUCUGAUAGUUUUAUGCCAAAAUAUUAAGCCUU